GAGAAAGGCAGUGGGCGAAGAGGGGCCUGAGAGCAGCCUCUAUGGACACGAAGGCGGGGUGGUGUCUGCUGUUCUGCUUGGCUCUGUCCCGAGCAGCAAGAACUGAACCCCAGGCAACAGAAAGGCAAUGGCGAGCAGUGGACGUUAUCUUAGACUGCUUCUUGGUGAUGGAAGGUGGGCACCAAAGGGCUUUUGCCAGCAGUGGGAAUAGGGAGAAGGCCUUGCUUGUGCUGAAGCAGGUGCCAGUGCUGGAUGAUGGCUCCCUGGAAGGCUUCACUGAUUUCCAAAAUGGUGCAGUGGACAAAGAUGACCAACCUGUUAUAUUUGAGGCCUCAGUGGACCUGGUACAGAUACCCCAGGCCGAGGACUUGCUCCAUGCUGACUGCAAUGGGAAAGAGAUGACCUGUGAAAUUUCCCGCUAUUUUCUCCAAGUCAGACAGGAAGCCACUGUUGAGAAGGCAGCUUGGUUCAUCAUCAACGUGCAAAUAUCUAGAGGGGGACCCAGUGUCUCCAUGGUAAUGAAAACUCUUGGGGAUGGUGAGAAUGGAGCUGUCUGGCAACCUAUGCUGAAUCUACCCCAAAGCCUCCAGGGGACUGUGCGAACUGCAGUGGAAUUCCAGGUGACAACACUGACCCAAUCCCUGAAUUUCCUGCUGGGAUCCUCAGCCUCCCUUCACUGUGGUUUUUCCAUGGCUCCAAGCCUGGAUCUCAUCAGUGUGGAGUGGCGGUUGCAGUAUAAGGGCAGUGGCCAGCUGGUGUACAGUUGGAUGACAGGGCAGGGGCAGGCCAAGCGGCAGGGUGCUACCCUGAAGCCUGAGGAACUACUUAUGGCCGGGGAUGCCUCUCUCACCCUCCCCAGCCUCUCUCUAAAAGAUGAGGGGACCUACAUUUGCCAGAUCACCACCUCUCAGUACCAAGCUCAACAAAUCAUCCAGCUCAAUAUCCAAGCUUCCCCCAAAAUUCGACUGAGCUUGGCAAAUGAAGUGCUGCCGCCCACUCUCAUCUGCAAUGUCGCUGGCUAUUAUCCUCUGGACGUGAUGGUGACGUGGAUCCGAGAGGAGCUGGGUGGAGCCCCAGCUGAGGUGUCUGGUGCCUUCUUUUCCAGCCUCAGGCAAAGCAUGGCUGGCACCUAUAGCAUCUCCUCGUCCCUGAUGGCUGAACCUGGCCCUGAAGGUGCCACUUAUACCUGCCAGGUCACUCAUAUCUCCCUGGAGGAGCCCCUUAAGGCCAGCAUAAGGGUUGCCCCACACACAGAGCAGAGAAUGGCCUUUGAAGUCAUCUUGGCCAGCAGUCUUUUCCUUCUUGCACUACUGUUCCUGGGGCUUCAGAGACAGCAAGCUUCCUCACCAAAGUCUGCCAAGAUUCUGAAGCAUUCUGAGUAAAUACUCUUUUGCCCCAAUUAUAAA